UUUAAUUUAACCUCAAAAUUUUGUCCUCAAAAAAUACCCCUAAAAUAAGUGAAUAUCUUUGGCCAAAUAGUUCACUAAUAGGCUAAAGACAAAAAAAAAUUUGAAGAAAAAGAAGUGAGUUUGUUCUGUUUAAACGUUUGUGAAUGUUAAUGUAUACAUGACUAUAGUUUCACUUCCAUAAUGCCCAAGGAGCAGUACCGCGAGACAGAUGUGGCGAGAAAAAUCUCCCAUGUCAGUUUUGGGGUCGAAAGUGCUGAAACUAUGCAGCAGCAAAGUCAUAUUCAAGUUGUUGCUAAGAAUUUGUACAAUCAGGACAUACAACGUACACCAGUACCUUAUGGGGUUUUAGAUAAGAGAUUAGGUACAAAUUCUAAGGAUUCCAAUUGUCAGACCUGUGGCAAAAACAUCAAUGAAUGUGUUGGACAUUUUGGCUACAUUGAUUUAGAAUUGCCAGUUUUCCAUGUUGGAUAUUUCAGAUCAAUUAUAAACAUUCUACAAUCUAUUUGCAAAAAAUGUGCACAUGUUCAAUUGCUGCAAGAUGACAAAAAUCUCUAUAGGUCCCGUCUUGCCAAUCCAAACUUAAGUUACAUGACUAAAAAGAGCAUAAGAAAGAAAAUUAUUGAGAAAUGUAAGAAAUUAAAUAAAUGUCCAAAUUGUAAGUCUAGCAAUGGGUUUGUUAAGAAAAUGACUGCUAGUAAGGGCGGCACUGGGAAUUCUGUUUUGAAAAUUGUACAUGAGAUGCACAGAGGAAGGGACAAGGAUUCUUUAAUGAAAGAACAGCUAGCUGAGUUUAAUACUGCCAUUGAAUGUAAUCCAGAUAUACAAUCAGCAUUAUCUGGUGCAGUAGCUCAAAUUUUAACUCCCAUUGAUGUUUUAAAAAUAUUUGAAAGAAUACCUGAAAGUGAUAUACCUUUAUUGGCUAUGGAUGCUAAAAAAUCUCAUCCUAGAGACUUAAUUUUCACUAGAAUGUUGGUACCUCCAGUUUCUAUUAGACCUUCUGUGGUAUCAGAAUUAAAGGCUGGAACUAAUGAGGAUGAUUUAACAAUGAAACAAUCCGAAAUUAUUUUCAUAAAUGAUGUUAUUAAGAAACACAAGCAAUCUGGUGCAUCUGUUAAUAUGUACCAAGAGGGUUGGGACUUUUUACAGCUUCAAACAGCUUUAUACAUUAACAGUGAAUUGUCUGGAAUACCACUUGCAAUGAUGCCUAAGAAACCUGGUAGAGGCCUUGUGCAGCGUCUAAAAGGUAAACAAGGUAGAUUCAGAGGUAACCUAUCUGGUAAACGUGUGGACUUUUCAUCGCGUACCGUAAUAUCGCCGGAUCCCAAUUUGGAAAUUGAUCAAGUUGGUGUCCCCAUGCACAUCGCUAAGAUUUUAACGUUCCCCGAAAGAGUAAUCCAAGCAAAUAUAAACGUCUUACGUAAAUUAAUAAUAAACGGGCCUGAUAAGUGGCCAGGAGCUAACUAUGUGCAGCAAAAGGGGUCUGCUUUUAAGAAGUUUUUGAAGUAUGGUAACAGGGAGAAAUUGGCACAAGAACUAAAGCUUGGUGACAUGGUAGAAAGACAUUUACAUGAUGAAGAUGUAGUUCUUUUUAACCGUCAACCCAGUUUACAUAAACUGUCCAUUAUGGCCCACCGAGCUAAAAUUCACCAUCAUAGAACAUUUAGAUUCAAUGAAUGUGUUUGUAAUCCUUACAACGCUGAUUUUGACGGUGAUGAAAUGAACUUGCAUUUACCACAAACUGAAGAAGCAAAAGCUGAAGCAUUAAUUUUAAUGGGAAACAAGAGUAACUUAGUUACACCCAGAAACGGAGAACUCCUCAUAGCAGCUACACAAGAUUUCCUGACUGGAGGUUACUUGCUGACCAAAAAAGACACGUUCUUGGACUUCGCGCACGCUUGCCAAUUAGCAGCCACCUUAUUGGCCGGCAAAGAUAUGCACAUGAACAUCGACCUGCCGCCUCCUUGCAUAGUAAAACCAAAACGAUUGUGGUCGGGAAAACAGAUUUGCAGUCUUAUAUUUAGACCGAACUCCAAAUGUCCGGUUAAGGCGAAUUUGGAGUGCAAAGGAAAAGCAUACACGCACAAUAGAGAGAUGUGCGUUAAAGAUUCCUAUGUGCUUAUUCGUAAUUCGGAGUUAAUAGCGGGGACGUUGGAUAAAAGUCACUUGGGUAAUGGUAGCAAGGGUGGAAAUAUUUUUUAUGUAAUUCUCAGGGAUUUUGGGCAGGAGUUUUCUAUAAGGUCCAUGUGGAGAUUAGCAAGACUAACCUCAUACUACUUAAUGAAUGCUGGAUUUUCAAUUGGUAUUGGAGACGUUACUCCAGGCGAGGAGUUGGUUAGAAGAAAGGACAAACUAUUAAGAGAUGGCUAUGCAAAAUGCGACGAAUACAUUAAACAAAUGGCAGACGGUAAAUUGCAAUGUCAACCAGGUUGCACCGCUGAAGAAACCUUGGAAGCAGUAAUUCUUAAGGAAUUGUCGGUGAUUCGUGAACACGCUGGUCAGGCUUGUGUGGCUGAAUUACAUGCUACUAAUGGACCUCUUAUUAUGGCCCUAUCAGGAUCAAAAGGUUCUUUUAUUAAUAUUUCUCAGAUGAUUGCUUGUGUGGGACAGCAAGCUUUGAAUGGAAAACGUGUUCCGAAUGGUUUUGAUGACAGGUCUCUUCCACAUUUUCAGCAUAAUUCCAAAACUCCAGAAGCUAAAGGUUUUGUGGAAAAUAGUUUUUAUACUGGCCUAACUCCAACCGAAUUUUUCUUCCAUACUAUGGGAGGCAGAGAAGGUCUAGUAGAUACUGCUGUAAAAACUGCAGAGACUGGUUAUAUGCAAAGAAGAUUAGUAAAGUCUUUGGAAGACCUGGUGGUGCACUACGACGGUUCAGUAAGGAACGCUGAAGGCGACAUCGUUCAAACAACAUACGGUUGCGACGGUCUGGACCCUACCUACAUGGAAGGUAAAGACUGUCCGGUGGACUUUGACAGAGUUCUCGACCAUAUUCGUGCAAAGUGCCCGUACAGAGACGAAAUAGCCCUUAGCGGUGACCAAAUACGCCGAGCCACACAAGCCUUUUUGGAAACUGAAGCACUGGACGAGUGCAGUGAAGACUUCAAAAAAGAAUUGACCUCUUAUAUGAAUUCUGUAGCUGGCAGGGUAGAAGACGUACUAAAAAAUUACGGCACCUCCAAAGUUGUCAAAGAAAUAGAAAGACUAACUUGCAGUCAGCUCGUUACGUUUUUGGAAACAUGCGGUCAAAAAUACACGAGAUCCAUAAUAGAACCUGGUACUGCUGUAGGUGCUUUAGCGGCUCAAAGUAUCGGAGAACCAGGUACUCAAAUGACACUUAAAACUUUCCAUUUUGCUGGUGUGGCCAGUAUGAAUAUUACACAGGGUGUGCCCAGAAUAAAGGAAAUUAUUAACGCAUCCAAGUCUAUAAGUACUCCUAUUAUAAGGGCAAGUUUGGUAAACUCUGAUGACCCAUGGUUUGCGAGAAUGGUUAAGGGUAGAAUUGAAAGAACAACAUUGGGAGAGAUAUCAACCUUUAUUGAUGAUGUCUACACAAAACAUGAUGCCUUCCUUUUAAUUCAACUUAAUUAUGAAAGAAUAAAAUUGCUUAAGUUGGAAGUAAAUGCAGACACAAUCAAAUAUAGUUUGUGCACUUCCAAAUUGAAGUUAAGGCCUGCUGAUGUGGAAGUUAGAAGUGAGACUAUUAUAACUGUUAAGCCUAAUAGAAGCAAGAGUUCGAGAAGACUUAAUUUUGCUUUGAGUGAGCUUAAGGAUCAAAUUCCUAAUGUUGUAGUAAAGGGACUACCAACUGUAAACAGAGCUGUGAUAGCAAGGGAGGAUAAAGAAGGCAAAUCUUUUUAUAAUCUUUGUGUAGAAGGUGACAAUUUGAGGGAAGUAAUGGCCACAUAUGGUGUUAAUGGAAAUAAAACUGUUUCUAAUAAUAUCAUAGAAGUUUAUAACACUUUGGGAAUAGAAGCUGCAAGAGAAACAAUAAUGUAUGAAAUUAAAAUGGUAAUGGAAAAUCACGGUAUGAGCGUGGAUUAUCGUCACAUUAUGUUACUUGCAGCCCAGAUGACUCACACUGGUGAAGUCCUUGGUAUUACAAGAUUUGGUUUAUCAAAAAUGAAACAGUCUAUUUUAAAUUUAGCAUCUUUUGAAAAAACUGCAGAUCAUUUGUUUGAUGCAGCCUACUAUGGUCAAACAGACAAAAUCAAUGGAGUUUCCGAAAACAUAAUUAUGGGAAUGUCAGCUCCAAUAGGAACUGGAAUAUUUAAAUUGUUACAUAAGCCCACAAUUGUUGAAGAAAAACCUGAAUCUGUGCCGUUAUUGUUUGAGUCGAUGGUUGUUGAUGAUUAAUUUGUUUAUUUAUAUAAUAUACAGUUCUAUGUAUAAAUUUUUAUUUAGAUUUUAACAAAAUACAACUUUUUAUAAAAUAAAUUAUGUGUGAUUAUUGUAAAUUAUAAAGUGAAUCAAAGUAGAAAUUAACGAAGCAUGAAAUACUUUAUCUUUUUUGUUGCACCAAUUCUCUUAAAGCAUUGGUUGCUUCAACAAGACUACCUUCCAAGUAUGUUUUAUUACUUUCUAAAACUUUAAUUUUUUCUUCUGCUGCAGUUUGUUUUAUCUGCAAAUGUUCUUUUACAUCUGGCAAGGGAGUAAGGAGAAACAUUCUACCCACUGAUUCAUAUGUUUUUGUUCCAUCCUCCAGUGUGUUUAUUUCUCU